AUGGAGGACACGGGGCUGGAUCUUCCAGUCCGCGCAACAAGUCCGCCGUCAGGGACCAAUACAGCAUUACUCAAGUCGUAUACCUAUACCACACCACUGCCGACCUCAUUAGAAACUGAUCAGGAAUGCAUCCUCGGAGUGGACGAAGCAGGAAGAGGUCCUGUUUUGGGACCAAUGGUUUAUGGUAUUUGCUACUGUCCGCUGUCCAAACAGAACGAGCUGGCUGACCUUGGAUUCGCAGAUUCAAAGACAUUGAAAGAGGGCGAGAGGGACAGCCUUCUCGAUGUCAUCAUGUCAAGGCCAGACCUGAUCGGAUGGAGCGUACGAGUGCUUUCACCUAUGGAUAUUUCUAAUAGCAUGCUGAGAAAGGAAAAGUACAACCUGAACGCACUGGCGCACGACACGACGAUCCAACUCAUCCGCGAGACCCUUGCUUCGGGAGUGAACCUGAAAGAGGUACAUAUCAUGAUCUAUGUUGACACGGUUGGACCACCCGAGACGUACCAAAAAAAGCUCGAAAAUCUGUUCCCAUCUGUUACAAAGAUCGUUGUUGCAAAGAAAGCCGAUUCCAAAUACCCUAUCGUCUCUGCUGCCAGUAUAUGUGCCAAGGUCACCCGCGAUGAUGUUCUCCGGCAUUGGAUUUUUGCGGAGACAGGAAUUGCUAACACGAUCUCACGCCAAUUCGGAUCCGGAUAUCCAUCAGAUCCAAAGACGGUGGCAUGGCUCAAAUCAAAUAUAGAUCCCGUCUUUGGGUACCCCAAUAUCGUACGAUUCAGCUGGCAGACGUCCAAAACACUGCUGGAGACGUCUGGGAAAAUUGUUCGUUGGUAA